AUAAUAGAAUUAGAAUUUAGAAACUCCUCUGAGAAGAUCGAAGAGGGAGGGAGAGGGAGAGGGAGAGAUAGCGGUGGUCUCAUCUGUCUUUGGGAUCGAUCGAAGAUGCUGAAGUUCUUGAAGGGCGUGGUAGCUGGAUCUGGAGCCGGCCUCAAAGAUCUGCCCUACAACAUCGGCGAGCCCUACUCAUCCGCCUGGGGCUCCUGGACUCACUCUCGUGGCACCUCUAAGGAUGAUGGGUCUCCCGUGUCUAUAUUUUCUCUUUCAGGAAGUAAUGCGCAGGAUGGACAUUUAGCUGCUGGCCGUAAUGGUGUCAAGCGUCUUCGCACGGUCAGGCAUCCAAAUAUUUUAUCAUUUCUGCACAGUACUGAGGCUGAGACUUUUGAUGGUUCUAGUACAAAAGUUACUAUCUAUAUUGUCACUGAGCCUGUAAUGCCACUGUCUGAAAAGAUCAAGGAAUUAGGUUUAGAAGGUACACAAAGGGACGAGUAUUAUGCAUGGGGACUGCACCAGAUAGCUAAAGCUGUGAGCUUUUUGAAUAAUGACUGUAAGCUAGUUCAUGGUAAUGUUUGCUUGGCCAGUGUUGUUGUCACUCAAACUCUGGACUGGAAGCUGCAUGCUUUUGACGUUCUAUCUGAGUUUGAUGGCCAUAGCGAAGCUGCUACUGGGCCCUUGUUGCAAUAUGAAUGGCUUGUUGGUUCACAAUACAAACCAAUGGAGUUGCUAAAGUCUGACUGGGCAGCAAUCAGGAAAUCUCCACCAUGGGCCAUUGAUUCUUGGGGCUUGGGUUGUCUCAUUUAUGAGCUUUUCUCUGGCAUGAGAUUGGGGAAAACUGAAGAGCUACGUAACACUGCUUCCAUUCCAAAGUCUCUACUUCCAGAUUAUCAGCGGCUCUUGAGUUCCAUGCCUGCUCGCAGGUUGAACACAUCGAAGCUUAUAGAAAAUAGUGAAUAUUUCCAAAAUAAGUUGGUGGAUACUAUACAUUUCAUGGACAUUCUUAAUUUGAAGGACAGUGUUGAAAAGGAUACCUUCUUCCGUAAGCUUCCAAAUCUAGCAGAGCAGCUUCCUCGCCAAAUAGUGCUGAAAAAGUUACUUCCUAUGUUGGCCUCCGCUUUAGAAUUUGGUUCAGCUGCUGCUCCUGCCUUGACUGCACUAUUGAAAAUGGCUUCUUGGCUUUCAGCUGAAGAUUUCAGUGCCAAGGUACUUCCGACAAUUGUGAAACUUUUCGCCUCAAAUGACCGAGCCAUUCGAGUUGGUCUCCUGCAGCAUAUUGAUCAGUAUGGGGAGUCAUUAUCUGCACAAAUUGUUGAUGAACAAGUUUAUACUCAUGUUGCUACUGGGUUCUCAGACACGUCUGCUUUUCUUCGGGAAUUGACACUUAAAUCCAUGCUUAUUCUUGCUCCUAAGCUGUCUCAACGCACUAUUUCAGGAUCAUUGUUGAAGUAUCUCUCAAAGCUUCAGGUUGAUGAAGAACCUGCUAUUAGAACAAAUACAACCAUAUUACUUGGAAACAUUGCCAGCUACCUUAAUGAAGGGACUAGGAAAAGAGUUUUGAUAAAUGCAUUUACAGUUCGUGCAUUGCGUGAUACUUUCUCUCCUGCCCGAGGAGCAGGAGUUAUGGCUUUAUGUGCGACCAGUUCUUAUUAUGACAUCACAGAGAUUGCAACUCGGAUUCUGCCAAAUGUUGUUGUACUUACCAUUGAUCCUGACAGUGAUGUUCGAUCAAAGGCAUUUCAAGCUGUUGACCAAUUUUUGCAGAUAGUUAAGCAAUACCAUGAGAAGACAAAUGCUGGAGAUACCACUGGGUCAAGCAUGGGAAUCUCAUCAAUACCAGGAAAUGCUAGCUUACUUGGAUGGGCCAUGAGUUCCUUAACUCUUAAGAGCAAACCUUCAGAACAAGCUCCACUGGCUCCUGCUAAUUCUAGUGCACCUCUUGCUUCGGCAAGCUCAAAUGACAGCUCAGUGAUGGAUACUGCAACUCCAGCAUCGAUCAACGUAAGUUCCCCCACCAAUUUUUCUGAUCAAGCUGUUCCGGCAUCCCCUACAUCCACUGAUGGCUGGGGAGAGCUUGAAAAUGGAAUUCAUGAAGAGCAUGAGAGUGACAAAGAUGGUUGGGAUGAUAUUGAGCCACUUGAAGAGCCAAAGCCACCUUCAGCUCUUGCCAAUAUCCAAGCAGCUCAAAAGCGGCCUGUAUCGCAACCAAAACCACAAGUCCCAAGUCGACCAAAAAUUCCACCAAAGGUGAGUAAAGAUGAAGAUGACGACUUGUGGGGAUCCAUAGCUGCCCCUGCUCCAAAAACAGCAUCAAAACCACUCAACGUAAAAACUGCUGGAGCAGUUGAUGACGAUGAUCCCUGGGCUGCCAUUGCUGCCCCCCCACCCACAACCAGGGCCAAACCUUUAUCAGCUGGCAGAGGCAGAGGAGCCAAACCCGCUGCUCCAAAGUUGGGAGCACAGAGGAUAAACCGGACAUCCUCAUCCGGGAUGUAAAUGUCCUAAAAGCAAGAGCAGUGAAAAUGAAGAAAUAGCAAGGCGAAUUCUGUACAAUUUUUUGUUGUGGUGACGCUCUUGUUUUCCAUACUAGAAUACAUAGAGGAUAUGUGUCACCGUGAGUUGUAUGUACACCUCUUUAUCCAGACACAACAUUCGAUUUGUAAUAUUAAUUUUUUUUUUUCCCACCAAAUAAUGUUUCUUUUGGUUUUUGCCCAUAAUUGAAUUGUUUUUUGGCCUGGUUCAGUAGGAGGCCCCUGUAAAGUCAUUGAAGUCUAUUUAGGCAACUGGGGUGGAAUGAAAUUGAUUUCUCUUUGUUAUUCUCAA